UCUCCGAACCCGACUUAAUUAUAGUACCAUUUCCCACAAAAAAUUACGUCCUAACCUGUCACAGCUGUUUAACGAAUUUUACAGGUGUUUGACUAGCAAUCUGUUAUAAUCAGAUGAUUUGAGUUUGUCAACCAGUAAUGAGAUGACUUCUGAAUUGUCAGCCUCCUGUGUUGAACAGGCUGUGCACCAGUUUUAUCAGAAUGCAGGCAGUCAGCAGCAACAACAGAUCCAGCAAUGGCUGACUCUAACCCAGAUUUCCCCAGAGGCCUGGAGCUUCUGCUGGGAGCUUCUCUCCCCUGAAAAGACUGUGGAAGUAAAAUUCUAUGGAGCAAAUACUCUUUAUGCAAAAAUCUCCAGAUACUGGGCCGAGGUACCUCCGGAACAAUAUGACAAUCUCCGUAGUAGAUUACUACAGAAAAUCAUGGAGCUGUGUAGUGGAGAUAAAAUUGUCACAACACGCCUUUGUAUCUCUUUGGCAUGUCUGAUCCUACACAUGACCCCUGAGGAGUGGCCUGACCCCGUCCCUCAACUUAUCUCUACCUUCCAGUCCCUCCAGAAUGUCACAGAAGUUCAGAGAUGCCAAGUAUUGUUAGAGAUUCUCCGUGUGCUUCCAGAAGAAUUUUUCAGUGCCAAUUUAAGCCAAAGCAGGAGAUUGGUUCUGAAAAAUGAGCUUCUCAAAAGUCUUUCACAUGUAAUUCCCCUGCUACAAAGCCUAUUGUUGCCCGGUGCCCCGUCAGAAAUACAGAAGUCUGUGUUACAGUGUUUCUCCAGCUGGUUAGAUUUAGGCUCCUUGUUCAGAGAGGCAGAGAGCAUCAUUUUACAGACAUUCCAGUGUCUCCACAAUCCAGAUCUGUUUGACACGGCUGUAGAGACCCUUGUGAACAUCUUCACUCACCCCAGCUGUGAAAGGUAUCAAAACACAAUGAAGAAAUAUCUGUCAUGUGUUUUGGGGUUACAGGACACAUUCAUGAAGGCUCGGGACUCUAUGGAUAUGGAUGUUUGUCAGAGGGUGGGACAGAUCAUUAUUUCCUAUGCUGAAAACAACAUCUCCCUCUUACUUGAGUGGGCAAUUAGUCCCGAAACAAGGGAGACAACAACCAACUUCAUAAAUCUAGUCCUGACCUGCACUGCAAUUCCUGGCCAUUUUCCAGUGGAUGAGAAUUUCAGCAACAUGUUUUUCACGUUUUGGUAUCUCUUACAAGAUGGUAUACAGGACUCCCCUACUGACCGAUCUAAAGUCCUACACCAGAUGUUUUGUCCAGUGUUUCUGUCCCUCAUCCAGACUCUCCUGGUGAAAGUCCAGUACCCAGAGGAAGAGGAAUACAACUCGUGGACAAAAGAUGAAAAAGAACAAUUUCGGUGCUACAGACAGGAUAUUGGGGAUACAAUGAUGUAUUCCUACAGUAUACUGAGAGAACCCUUACUAGGCUUCAUGUGUAACACACUCAACAGUGCUGCUGAAAACCCAAAGGAGGCACAAUGGCAGUUGAUAGAGGCCAUUUUUUUCCUGUUUUCCUCGGUGGCGGAGAAUGUUGACCUGGAAGAGGAAGUUCAUAUACCGAGCAUGCUCAGUGUGCUUCCCAAACUUCCCUUCAACAACAUUAAGUACAUCUCAGGAGCAUUAAAAAUGAUCGGUUCUUUCAGUGAGUGGAUUAACUGUCACCCUGAGUCUCUAAACUCUGUGAUCCCCCUUAUUCUCCAGGGACUGCAGGGGCUUCAGAAUGGGGAGAUAGCAGAGUCAGCCACCAUGUCAUUAAAAGAUGUCACAGCAGAGAAUCUCGACCACAUACAACCAUAUGCUCCACAAAUCCUGGGGUCAUGUCAGCAUGCCUUUCAGAGUGGAUUGUUGAAGACUCGUGACAGUAUGAGGCUGAUGCACUCCGUGGGGCAGGUCCUAUCUGUGAUGAAGUAUGAGGAGAUUAUGCAAUACCUCACAGACCUACUGUCUCCUCUGAUUCAACAGCUCCAGAAUCUAGUCACACAAGAGCCCUCUACACCUGUUAAAGCCAGUAUCCUGUCCCGGUUGGCCAUACUUGGCUCAUUAUUUUCCUCACUGGACACUGAUCGAGACAGGGAGGAAGGACCUCAAAAGGUCAAGGUCAAACCUAAAUCAACAUCCCCCAAACCAGUGGCAGUGCUCCUCCAGCAGUUAGCCCCCAUUAUACAGAGUCUGCUAGCAAACUGGAUCAAUGAUCCAGGAAUCAUAGAGGGAGUCUGUGAUAUGUUUAAACAUGCCCUGCGGACACUAUUGGAUGAUUUUGCUCUGCUGUCUAAGGAUGUAGCCGAGAUGUUGGUACAGAUGUACCAGGUCAAUCCAAGUCCAGCCAUCUUAGAUUUAGCUAAACAGUUGAUUAUUAUGCAUCAUGAAGAUCCACAGUUAAAUACAGUGGUUACAGCUCUGUUAGGGAAUAUUUGCACAGUGACGCUGGAGCUUUUCACUAAAGGACCUCAGGACUACACUGACGUGAUUGAAGCUUUCAUGAAUCUCUUAUCUCAAGUUCUCAAGAAAAGCAAGAGUGUACUGACAACAGAACAAUGUGUGUUACAAAUCUCCAGUCUUUUUCACUCAGCUCUGCAGGCCUUGUCCUUACCAGAACACCAAACAGUCAAAGCCACGUGUUCGUUUCUGGCAAAAUUCCUGUCAGCAGGGGAAACCACUCCUGUUAUAAAGGCUCUUGUUCAGGAGGAAGGAAGUCUUUUACUGGAUAAAAUACUGAGAGCAGUAGGUGGUGAGGCUGCGAGGGGGUUGGUUGAAAACCUGUCUGAUGUUUUCUUAAUGAUUAAUAAACAUUACCCAGAAAACAUGCCAGUGUGGAUGAACCAACUCAUGAAGCAGGAGGGUUACCCCUCCCCCAAGGUCAGCCAAGAGGACAAAGAGGUCUUUAUCAAGGGUAUCCUCAGGGAGAAAAUCAACAAAAGGAAAAUACGUGAAGUAUCCAAGGAGUUUUCACUAAAGUGUCGUGGAUUAUUUGGAACUGAAUAUGCUGCAAAUACAGGGUUUUAGUGACCGAAAAAAAUGUUUUUUUUUGUUUUUUUUUUUAAGUGUGCAAUUCCAUCCAAGACAGUGUCAGUGACUUGCUUCUGUGAUAAGCUUAUUUUGACUCAUUUACCCCCAUUAAAAUAUAUACAAACAUCAA